AUGCUCACCAAAAAGGUGCGACCUCAAGCCCUGCUCGUCUUAGCCUGCUUUUGCGUCUUGCUGUUCCUGAACCUAUCAUCUCUUCGCCGUGUUCUCAAGACACGCAGUGUGCCAAAGGAAACAUUGGAAAAGACGACUUUGUCAUGCAGACAUCUGGUAGGCGCAAAUGAAACACUGGUAGUUCUCAAGACCGGAUCCACCGAAAUACAAGAUCGACUCUCAAUCCAUCUCUCGACCACAUUGCGAUGUUACCCGAAUUACAUGAUAUUCUCCGACUUUGAAGAGGAUUUUCGGGACGAGCAUAUAUUCGAUGCUCUGGAUGGCGUUAGUCCAGACAUUGUUGAACACCACAAAGAUUUCGAACUCUACCGCAACCUCAGAGAAAACGGAAGGGCAGUGCUGAACACCAACGACCUCAGUGGUUCAGCGACUGAAGACACCCAAUGGCACGGCAAAGUCGAGAACCCAGGUUGGAAACUCGACAAGUGGAAGUUUCUGCCUAUGGUCAACAAGACUUUCCACGAGCAUCCUGACAAGAAGUGGUAUAUCUUUAUGGAAGCAGACAGUUACAUACUUUGGGCAUCCCUGUUGGAGUAUCUGGCCGUACUGGAUCCAUCCAAACCACAUUACACAGGAAGCAUCAUGUUCAUCGGGGAUACAGUAUUUGCUCACGGUGGUUCUGGGUUCAUGGUAUCACAGCCAGCUAUGCGUAUGGUAGUGGAGAAGUACGCUGCGCAUAAGGCCGAGAUUGAAACUUAUACUGACGGCCACUGGGCUGGUGAUUGCGUACUUGGCAAAGUGUUCACGCAGGCUGGUGUGAAGUUUACCGACGCAUGGCCUAUUAUGCAAGGAGACUACCCUGGACUCGUUGCUUAUGCGCGCCCGGAUGGACGGCCGAUAGCAGAUCCCAAGAAACGUGUGUGGUGUUAUCCUACGGUAUCCUACCACCAUGUAUCUCCGGACAUGAUUGACGACCUUUGGAGCUACGAACAGCAUUGGCUUGAUCAGAAGCCCGAGGAAACUCGUUUCCUCCGCCACAAGGAUAUCUUCAAGCAGUAUAUCUUACCAAGAAUGUCCGCAGAUCUUGCUGACUGGGACAACGAGAGCGACGGGGAGGAGGCCAUUGUUGAGUCAUUCGACGAGUGCAGGUUGAAGUGCGUGGACGCAACAGAGUGUAAACAAUUUUCUUACAGCGAAGGCGGACAUUGCAGGACUCGCGUGGAUCCAAGACUGGGAAAAGCGACACCCGGUGUAAGAUCGGGUUGGCUGCGAGAUCGAAUGGAGCGCUUUGAGCAAGACAUGCCACCAUGCGGAGAUGAAGGUUGGAUGAUGUAG